CUGAGAACAACUUUGAGUAACUAUGCUCUCUGUACUGUCUGCUGUCUGCAGUUUUUACGUUCAAAACAAAAACAUCAUUCUAGAAAGCAAAAUUUUCUCGAAGUUUUCCUUUUCUUAAAAUAAUCGCUUUAAACGUCUCGAGAAUUUAAUUUAAACGUAUUACGUCGCGUUUUACGACAAAAUUGAUACAUAAUUACCUUUGGACCCUCAGAAUAUUAAUGUGCAUUUAUCACAAUGUCAAUUAAUCAACCGAAGAACUUGGAAACUGAUUUCAACAAAUUGAGCAUCAAUCCGCAAUGGAAGAAACUACCUCCCAAUCAUAAUCACGGCUGUAAUUUUUGCAAAGUUUCGAGAAAGGAGUACUCAUUCAAGAACAUACUUGUAGCGCCUAAAUGCACCUGUAAAAUCAGUAAGAAGCAAAGACACAAAUCGUUGAUCGUUCGACCAGCAAAGUUGAAUUUACUGACCACCGACAGGAAAAACUUCAAACCGAUCCUUAAACCUCCUACGCUUCAUUUAUCCAGUGAUAAAAACAAAACGAGUAAAACGAACACAUCUAAGUCAACAGUUUCUCAACAAAGUGCAACUACUUUGGUCGAUUCGAAAGGUAAAGUUUUUACGAACGGCGAAAACGAUAGUCAAAAUAGUUUUAAGGCGUUGCUUCCAAAUUCAGAUAAUGACAUUUUGAAAGCUUUCGAUACCCUAUCGUUCAAAGAAUUACGACCGCAAGUGAAAUCGCGUUGUGCUGCGGAUGGGUCGAGUUCAUCGAGUAAGCGAGAAAACAAUUCCUCAAAUUCCUGCUCAGUUCAAGCCCGAAUGAGACCUUCUUUGUAUACCGACUGUGAUGAUACAUCGAUCGAAGAACUUGCUAGUUAUUUCGAUUUAUUUGUUCAUAUACCAAAGAAAAUGUCUACUAUGGCUGAAAUGAUGUAUAUUUGAUUUAUUCGAAGUGGAAUCAAAAUUUCUGUAUUUUAGCUCAUUUUGUUUUGUAGCUUAACGUAAAGGAGUACGUCGAGAAGUGAAAUAUAUUGUCCUAUUCUACUGUAAAUUUUAAUCACUGUGGGGGUAACGUAAUAUUUUUGUAAAAAAUCUCUUAAGAUGUGUAUUUUUUUUUUUACAAAGUUUUCUUCGUUUUGUUACAUUAUGUAUCUACUAAACUAAUAGCUGGUUUUGUUACUUUAUCGUAAAUUAACAAAUUAGAUACAAAUAUACAUAAUAAAUAGAAAUAAAACUAUACUGUUUUAAAA